UUUUACACCAGGUGACUUAGAAUUAAAUCUUUGCAAUUGAUCUAGAAACAGAAAGAAAGAGAGCGUUGCCAUGUCACAUCCAGACGCCAGUGUUAAAUCUAUAUGUAGUGGCAAGAUAAACUUGGAUUCACCUGACGAUAUUUAUUUCAAUAACAAUAACAGUUACAACUACCCAGCUGAGGAUCUAGACAUCGACGAUGAGGCAAUAGACGAGACUUUUAAGAACAGUGGAUAUGAAUACCUUGACGACAUAUCCUCAAAGGAAUCAAACUAUAGCGUCACUUCGAAAAAUCUUAAAGCAUUAGACAAUCAACGAGUCAAAUUCAAUGAUACAAACGGCACCAACUUGAGUUUAGUGUCUACUGAAUCAGACUACCAACGGAUCUUAGAAGAUUCCACUAGUUUAUUGUCACCCGAUUUUGUGGGUGAUUCGUUAUCGCGUCCAAUCCUGAGAAGCUCAACUACAUCUUGUCUUUCUACGACAGCUACAAAAGAUGGAAUUGAGGGGAGAAGGUUUCAUCGGUAUGGGCCCACAGCAUAUUCCAGCAACAUAAUCGCUAAUAUGGUACAUAGCCAGCAAUUGCAGGGGAAGAUAGCCAUACCCGAACCAAGAAACUCGUUUGAGUCGAACACAAGCGUAGGUGAAGACAGCACUGACGACCCCAACAAUCUCAAGAAAAAACGCCCAAUCAGCAAACAUAGACAUUCUCAAUUGAAUCGAGAACAAGAGUCAAUAGAGUCAGACAAAACUUAAUUAUUAUUUAUCCCCCUUCCUCCCUCUAGGGGUAAAACUUAUAUGUUUUUAUAGUAUAUACAUUUGUUAAUUUAUAUCGAAUGAUUCUAAUAAAGUCUUUUAAAACG